AUGGCCGCUAAAAGGAGUUAUAUUUCAUUUUUAACAAAAAAUCAAGGAAUGCCAAUGGUUGCAGUCGGAUGGUGAGAUUUUAAUGAAAUUUUUAGUGUUGUAUAAAAUAAGGAAUACCAAAAAUAUGUGUUGUGGUUUUAUUUUCUAUUCCUGAGAACAGCUUACUUUCAAUGGCCGACUGCCGAUUCCUAUUCCUCGCCAAUUCCAAAUUAAAAUGGCAAAAUUUUGGCUUAUUUCUCGGCCAAUUAGACUCAAACUAACAAGCCAAGGUUAUCCAAUCUGUAGUCAGCAGAAUGCAAGCCUAGAAACUCGAAUUGAGUACAGAAUUUUAGACUUUGUUUUAUAUUUAAAUAUGGUCAUAUUGUACUUACCAAACUGCCUUGCAUUCAAUAACUCAUAGCUAUCUCUUUGUCAUUCUGAGUCGUUGUCUAAGCAAGUUAUUUAAUUCAUUUUAGGGUCGUGGUCAUAACCUCAGGGAUAACAUCGUUUGUGCUUGCCAAACGUCACAUUGAUCGAUUGCGAAUGGAGAAAAUCCGACGAGAAACGAAAUUGAAACUAGAAAAUGACACUUAG